UCUGAGCCUUACGACCCAUACCUCCCCCGCGGCGGUUCCGCCGCCAACACCAACGCCGCCGCUGGCGCUACCUCCCAACAAACAGGUGGACAGGGCAACGCACGCACGGCAGCCAUUCAGGCGCAAAUCGACGAUACCGUGAAUAUCAUGCGCGACAACAUUACGAAGGUGACGGAGAGACAGGAGAGGUUGGAUUCGCUGCAGGAUAAGACUGAUAACUUGGCCGUGUCUGCACAAGGAUUCCGCAGAAAUGCAAACCGCGUCCGAAAGAAUAUGUGGUAUGUCUUAAAUAUGCGCAUCAUCAUCGGCGUCGCCAUCGCCAUCAUCAUCGUCAUCAUCGUCGUCUCCAUCGUGAAGGCAACAAAGUAG